AAAGUGUUCGCCCAAGUCGCUUUGCCUGACGUCAGUUAAAUGCGCCCCGCUACUUGACAAUGUUUAGAAAACCGAAGCGAGCGAUUCGUGUGAGGAAAGCGGAGUCCAGCGAGGAAGAGGAGCGGGAAGAAGAGAGUGAGCAACCCCGGGCCAGGGAGCAGAGGAGGCCAGCCGGCCGCGGCUUAUUUUGUGGGACUGAGCGAGGGAAGAGGGCCGAAGCGGCGCAGGGAGACGGGGCUGGGAGUGAUGCGGCGCGGAGAGACGGGGCUGGGAGUGAUGCGGCGCGGAGAGACGGGGCUGGGAGUGAUGCGGCGCGGAGAGACGGGGCUGGGAGUGAUGCGGAAGGGGAACCGGAUCCCAGUGAAACAGUCGGGACUGCUCCUGUGGAACCCGAAUUCUCUAUUCGCUUUACAGCCCCGCCCACCCUGCUGAGCUUCGCUGAGGAGAGAGAAGAUGCAGACUUCAAGAUCAAGAAGCCCAGUGUCAAUGCAGUGGUAUUUCAAGUGCAGAAAAAGACAGAAAAGAACUCCAUAAUUAAGUCCUAUAAAAAAGAAAGAGCAGCCAAGACAGAAAGUGACAGUGACUCUGAGGUGGAGGGUCUGGAAGAAGAUGGAGCAAAGUCCAAGAGUGACAGCAGCUCUGAGCUGGAAGAUCAGAGAGAAGAUGGAGCAAAAUCAGAGAGUAACAGUAGCUCAGAGGUGGAGAAUAAAGACCCUCAGCCACAAGAAAGGUCAGACUCUCCAAACUCUGGAAUGGGCAGCUCACCUACAUCUCCUGACUCUGGCAUCACAGGUGCUAUUCCAGGCGCUAAGGUCAUUCGAGCAGCUAGAAGGCGGCGCAGGUUGGCCCGAGCUCAAGGUGAUUAUAUACCCAUUGGCACAAAGCAGGAAAUGUCCAGUUCCAGCCAGUCAGAAAGUGACAGUGACAUUGAUGAUCACGAGAGAAGAAUCAAGUUUGCCCCGGGAACAAAGACUUUGCGAGAGCAGAUGGAAGAGGAAAUGUCAUCAAACAGUGACUCUGAGAUGCAUAAAAGUGAAGAUGAAGAGGAUUUGCAAGACAAAUGGGAGGAACAGCAAAUACGGAAAGCUGUCAAAUAUCAAAAGGGAAUGGAUGAGGAUUUGCCACAAGUGAGAAUUCCACCCAAGAGUAAAAAGAGUGUUGAACCAAGGAUUUCUCUGCCACCAGUAACUGCUGAAGACAUAAAAAAGAAACUGGCUUCACGGUUGAAUUCCUUUCAUGAAGUCCACCGGGCACAUGUUGCUGAGCGAGAAAAGUAUGUUAGUGAUCUGGACAGUGCAAAAACCACACUAGAAAAGCUUGAAAUGUCUUCCAGUGAGCAAACCUAUAAGUUUUUCAAGGAGAUGAAAACCUAUGUAGAAAACUUUGUUGACUGUGUGAAUGAAAAGAUAGCCCAGAUCAAUAGGCUUGAAUUAGAGAUGAUUGAGAUUUUUCAGAAACGAGCUGAAUCCUUGAAUAAGCGCAGGCAAGAUGACCUUCGGAAUGAGUCUGUAGCUGUUCAAAAUAUAUCUGGAACUAAAGAUGCCAAUGGCCAGACUACAGACCUGAUGACUGAUUGUGAGUUACGAAGAAAGAAAAGAAGGCAAAAACGGAAGGAGUGUGGGGACUCAGAUCACUAUGAAGGGAUGUCUAGUGAUGAUGAACUGUCCACUGAUGAUGAGAGGAGUUUCCAGAAAAACAGAGAGAGCAUCAGGGCACAGAGUAAAACCAUAUUUGAGGAUGUGCAUGAAGAUUUCCACCAGAUAAAGAAUAUCCUGUCCAGAUUUACAGAGUGGAGAGGGAGAUUUCCUGAGUCCUAUUACGAUGCCUACAUUAGCCUGUGCCUCCACAAACUACUGAAUCCAAUAAUCCGAGUGCAUCUGUUAGACUGGAAUCCCUUGGAGGAUAAAAAAGAUCUGGAAGAGAUGACAUGGUACCAAGACUUAGAAGAGUUUUGCUAUAGGGAGAAUGAGCUGGAGAUGAAUGACGAGAAUUCGGACCAUAAAGUCCUGUCCGCUGUGAUUGAGAAAACGGUUAUUCCAAAAGUUUCAGGAUUUGUUGAACUCUUGUGGGAUCCACUAUCCGCUGUACAGACUGACAACCUAGCGCAUUUCUGCAAAACAAAUGUCAAGCAUAAUGAGUCCAGUAAAGCAGUGCAGGGCCUGAUAAAUUGUCUACUUUCAACAAUGAAGAAAGCCAUUGAAGAUGAUGUGUUUAUUCCUCUCUUUCCAAAAAGACUUUUGGAAGACAGAUUCUCUCCGCAUUCAAGAUUCCAAGAAAGGCGUUUCUGGUCUGCUGUGAAAAUGUUCCAGAACGUUCUUUGCUGGGAUGGAUUCCUCCAAGAAGAGACCCUGCAAGAGCUCAGCCUUGAUAAGCUGCUUAAUCGAUACCUACUGCUAGUAAUUCUGAAUGCAGAGCCAGGACCAGACAGUGUGAAGAAGUGCAAGAGAGUGGUUGAAUGUCUCCCUCAGAGCUGGUUUAGGAACCUUGAGAGUGGAUCAUCUCUUCAUCGCUUACUGAAUUUCAGCAAACACCUACUGCAGUCUAUUCAUACUCUGCACAAGCUAAAUGACAGAGAAAACAUGAAGAUUUUAGUGUCCCUGCUCUUGAAGAUCAAAGCCGUGGACUACGCAGAGGAAGCCAUCAGCCAGUAUAACCUGGAAGAACUGAAAGUGGUCACGUGAUCCCUUUUCAAGCUUCUUGCACCCACCAGCUUUCAUAAUUAUAUAUUUUAUACAAUAAAAUUGGAUUUUUCUCUCCUGA